UGAAGGACAAACUCGGAUCCGUUUAAGAGAUGGAGAUUCGGAAAAAUCCGGAAGAGUUGAAAUCUACCAUCUUGGAAAAUGGGGAACGAUGUCUUCCGAAGAUUUUGACAGAAAUGAUCUGGAAGUUAUAUGCAGAAUGUUAGGAUAUAUCUACAGUUCUAAAUCCUUCUAUAUGCCCAAUGGUUACUAUGGUCAAGGAACCGGACAAAUUAUUGUCUCAGACCUGGGUUGUCAUGGUGGUGAAUCAGAUAUUGGCCUUUGCUCAGCUUCAUGGUGGCCAUCUACCGAUUCCCUGUUACACUCACAUGAUGUUGGCGUUAGCUGUGAUGGACAUAUUCCCAUACGACUUGUUGGCAAUGACAAUGAUCCUGCAGGACGAGUAGAAAUAUAUCACGAUGGGUAUUAUCAAACUAUAUGCGGAAAAAACUUUGAUAGAGCAGAUUUGAUGGUCGUUUGCCGAAUGCUUGGAAUAGAAAAUAUUCCCCGGUCUGCAUACUGGCGAUGGACCACAACCUAUGAAGAAGGAAUCGGAACAAUAGGUGCCUCUCAUCUUAAUUGCGACGGUUCGGAAUCCAGUAUAGCAUUAUGCGGUGCAUAUAUGCCAGCCUCCAGCGAUUGUUCUCACUCACAUGACAUAGCUGUAAACUGCAAAGGAGGUUAAACAAUUAAUUUUCACUU